AUGUCGCCUUCGGUGGUUCCUGGGCGACCAAUCGACUGUGCUGACAUCCAGGCUCGUGGGGCAAACGUCAGUGGUGUCUAUGCCAUCUACCCUGGGAAGCAUACCAACGUUUAUUGUGACAUGGAGACCGAUGGGGGCAAUUGGACAGUUUUUCAACGUAAAAGUGAUGGCUCUCUUGACUUCGGUAGAAGCUGGUCUGAUUACAAGAUCGGCUUUGGAAGUAUCUCUUCGGAUCACUGGCUAGGUAACGACAUGAUUCAUCAACUAUCGAAUCAGAGGAAUUACGAACUGCGGGUUGAUAUGGAAGAAUUCGAAGGAAAUACCAAAUAUGCCAAUUACGCUAUCUUUCGAAUUGAUAAUGAAACACUUGGCUACAAACUGACUGUCCGCGGCUAUUCGGGUAAUGCAGGUGAUUAA